AUGGUUACCUCGCGCCGUCGUAACGGCAAGCCAGCGUCCUGCGAGCCGUGUCGCCGAGACAAAGUCCGCUGCGACCAUGCAUUGCCAGUGUGUACCCGCUGCAGGGAUCGUGGGGUCUCUCAGCGAUGUUUCUAUCACCCAGCACCUCUCACACGGCCAAAAGGCCGUCGAAUCUUUCCGCUAACAGAGGGUGUGCCUUUUGAUCGAGCACCGUCCACCCGGAACCACCACUCGAAUGAAGCAUCUUUUCAUUCGUAUGUCGCAAACGGGGCGCAAGAAGCCUCAUCCAGGCCCGCCGCCCGUACCCAACCACUUCUGCCGGGCUAUUUUGGCCCGACGAGUUUCGUGUCUCCUCUAACAGAGGAUGUCAAUCUAUCCGAUCGACAAAGUCUGAAUCUUAAUGUGGAGUCCCCACAAAGAGUACUCCCGCCGUAUUGGGUUCAUAAAAUCUCCGAAGUUCUGUUGACUCUGGGCGAUUUUACCACCGUGGAAGCUCUGCUUCGCGAAUAUUAUGCCUUGAGUCAGAGCGCUGUAAUCGCAGCGCCCUUUAUCUUAAACAGCAUCGAACCGAUGAAACUGACGUGCAAGGACAGUAUAUCAAACCAAAACCUGGAUGAUCUGGCGUCCUCUAUAACUGUGCGCAUUAUCCAAAACACAUCGGAGAUCUUUGAGAUUCCACAAUCGAUCAAGGGUCGGGACUUUCAUACCCUUUUCACUGGCCCUUCCAUCCGCCUUGAAAUCGUUGGGAUAUUGUGCGGCCUUGCGGGUCGAGCGAGAUACCUUGGCCUUGCCCGUGACAAGUUCGAUGAUAACCAGACUUCAAGGUCCCAAUAUGCACGCAAAAUGCUGGCAGCGUGUGAUGCCGCACUAUACAUAUGCAAGAUUCUGACGCCACUAAACGACCUCACCAUUUGGCUAGUGCAUGAGAAUCUCUUGUUGUCAGAUUUGGUCAACGGCGACUCGAGCCCCUCUUGUUGGAAUCGCCUCGGCGAGCUUUCAACCGAUAUAUUCGCGCUCGGUCUCCACCGCGAUAUGAAGAACACAAGCGAUGUACCAGAGUUCUUACUCGAAACCCGUCGACGGCAAUUUGCGGCCGCUUACCAACUGGAUAAAAGCAUCGCUACAUUCCUAGGAAGACCACCGCGGAUGCCAUGGCGGUAUGCGGACUGUCGCAUGCCUCUCGACAUCAGUGACGAGGCACUGGCCACUGAUAAUAUGGUACUCGACUACGCCCACGAUUACAUCGAUGAAAAUGGCUGGAGUCUUCACGGGGUCGUUCAAAGAUCAUCAUGGAUGCGAGUCCGUUUCAUUGUGAGCACAUUCCGAGACGAAAUUCUCGAAGUGUCACUCCGGAAAUUGACGCCUGAUAUGGAGGACAUGCUCGAGGACAUUUCUCGACGCUGCCAUCUGGCAUGGGAAGCCCUGCCUAAUCAUCUACGAUACACCCCGCAAUGCUGGGAUGGCGCCCCUGCGGCCGUGUGCUUGAUGAUGAUUAUCUCCCACCUUGCGUAUCUGUACAACGACUUCCUCAUCCAGAGACUGAUAGCCGGGAAGGCCAAUCCCAGAGGAAACACUGCACUAUUGGCCGUGAGCGCUGAAAUCCUGUCAACGGUACUGACCUUAGGGACGCAGCGUGAGCAGAUGGUCGACCUGCGGCCCGACUUUACAUGGACGGUCCUUCUCUACGGAUUCCCAAGCGCCAGUUUGCUCAUCAAAGCCCUUCAGCACCAAAAGCGCACCGGCGAGCCAUUCCUCUACGAGUCCUCCCGAUCAGCACUUAUUCGGAACUUGAGUGUGUUCAUUUCACAUCUUGAGUCGAUUGCUGGUCCCGAUAACGCUAAUUACGCCCUGUUUCAACAUGCGAGUAAGGUUUUCUCGAAGAUCAUCGAUGAGAUCUUGGAGCCGCAGUCUGUACUUCCUGAUGCGAAUCUUGGUGACUCUUCUAUGAUCAAUUUUGAUUCCUUGAUUGAAGUUGAUGGGCUGGAUCUUUUCAACAGCAUGGAUUUUGGUGUUGCUUUUAAUCAAUGGCUGUUCUAA